ACCAGGACCAGUUCGCCGCAGUGAGCAGCAGCUGCGUGGGAGUCCAGAGACUCCUGCGUGGAUCCCUGCAGGAUCUCCGUGGAUUUCUCUGCAGGAUUUCUGCAGGACGGUCCGGUGUCCGGAUUGGUGCGGAGCAGAGACUGAUCCCUGCAGAACUGCGUGGAUCUUUGCAGGAUCUCUGCAGGACCGGGUCCUGCGUGUCCUGCAGGAACUCUGCGUGGAUCUCUCUCUGCAGGAUCUCCCCCCGGACGGUCCGGGACCGGGACCGGGUCCGGGUCCGGAUGGCCGGCGGCCGCCGCGGGGUCGCUGCUCCGGGCUGGUUCGAGCGGGAGGAGUUCAUCGGUCAGAUCAGCGACCUGCGAGUGCAGAACCUGCAAGUGGAACGAGAAGCCGUUCAGAAGAGAACGUUCACCCGAUGGAUGAACCUGCACCUGGAGAAGUGCGAGCCGCCCCUGCAGGUCCAGGAUCUGUUCCAGGACAUCCAGGACGGCCACGCCCUCAUGGCCCUGCUGGAGGAGCUGUCCGGCUGCAGCCUGCUGCACGGCUUCAGGAAGUCGACUCACCGCAUCUUCAGACUCAACAACAUCGCUAAGGUCCUGAGCUUCCUGGAGGAGAGGAACGUGAAGCUCGUUAGCAUCGAUGCUGCUGACGUUGCAGAUGGAAACUCUUCCAUCAUCCUGGGACUGAUCUGGAACAUCAUCCUCUUCUUCCAGAUCAAGGAGCUGACGGGAAACAUCCGGAGCCAGUUCCCGUCCUCCUGCAGCUUGUCCUGCAUCCCCACCGGCCCCGAGCCGGACCCGUCCGGCACCACAGCGCCCCCGCAGGCCCGGAAGAAUCCCAACGCCGCCAUGAGGGAGAACAGCAAGGCCAUCAGGAAACUGCUGCACUGGGUCCAGACCAGGACACGGAAGUUCGGCGUGGCGGUGCAGAACUUCUCCAGCAGCUGGACCAGCGGCCUGGCCUUCCUGGCUCUCAUCAAGUCCAUCGACUCCAGCCUGGUGGACAUGAGGAAGUCGCUGCUGAGGAGCUCCAGGGAGAACAUGGAGGACGCCUUCAGGAUCGCUCACUUCAGCCUGGGGAUCCCGCGCCUGCUGGAGCCCGAAGAUGUGGCCAUCAACGCCCCGGAUGAGCAGAGUAUCAUCAUGUACGUCUCACAGUUCCUGGAACACUUUCCCGGCAUCGAGGAGCCGGAGGAACCCCGCCAGCCGAUGGAACGCAGCGUCUCGAUGGGCCGGCUCAACCUCCGGGAGGUCGACCCGGACCCCCUGAGGAACGGCGCUCUGCGCGGCACGGUGAGGCAGCGCUCGUGCAUGUUCCAGAGGGACCAACCGCCUCCCAAAGUCUGGAUCUCCUCGGUGUCGGUGGACCGCAGCGUCGCGUCGCCGCGCUUCAGGCCGGCGGCGGUUCGCUCCUGGUCCACCGAGGAGUUCCUGUCGGACUCCGCCCUCGUGGAAGACGUCCCCAGCGUCGAGGUCGGACAGCAGCCGGACGCUCAGCUGCUCUCGUCUGCUCCCGAGUCGGCGAUUGGCGACUCUGCCAUCAACUCCCCAGACUCGUGGGCGGACGGCGAGCUGAUGGCGGAGGUUGAGGAUGACGGUUCUCCCUGGGAGCUGUACCGGGCCACGCCCGUGGACGUGACGCCCAUGGAUGAAGGUUUCCUCUCCUCCCUGGAGGACAGAGCUCUCGAUGACCGGUCCACACCUGGGUCGUACAUCGAUGAAGAGAUGGACAACGUCCUGGGGACAAACCUCCCCUCAGACCCAACAGAGACUGAUGCUACGAAAGAGAGAGAUCGGACAGAUGUGAGGCUGAUCCAGAAAGAGGAUGAGCCCAGAGAUCAGGUUUCGUUUACUAGCGUUGGCCCUGAAGAUCCCCUCACGACUGACCGUCUGGACCAAUCCAUCACGUCCGUCACACAAACACCCCCCCAUCAGGAAAGUUUUGUGGGAGAAGAUGGAGAUAGGAAGGACCGUGAUGGUCCAACCGAUGUCCAACCUGAGAAUCUGCAGCAGAGAACUCACUUUGAGGAACAUGAACAUCAGGAAGCAGGAUCUCCCCCAGAGGAUGAACGAUACAACCGCAGAAAUGAGGCGGAAACCUUAGAGGAAAGGAAUGACGGUGGAGUAGAAACACAUCGUGAAGUCAUCGGCGACUUACCACUCGGUGAAGAAACCAGCAGCUCAGAAGCCGCCAAUCAGGAAGAAGCUUCCAGAAUAAGUCUGAACAUUCCACUGAUCUCCAUCUCCGGGGAGCCAGACAAGCCCGAUGACGAUGGAGCAUCUGACCCGGGACGACCAGGUCCUGACCAGGACAAAGGUGACCUAGGACAAAUCGAUCGUAACCAGAACAAAGGUGACCUAGGACAAUUCGAUCCUAACCAGGACAAAGGUGACCUAGGACAAUUCGAUCCAAACCAGGACAAAGGUGACCUAGGACAAUUCGAUCCUAACCAGGACAAAGGUGACCUAGGACGAUUCGAUUGUAAACAGGACAAAGGUGACCUAGGACAAUUCGAUCCUAACCAGGACAAAGACGGAGUUUCUGACCUAAAACGACCAGGUCCUGACCAGGACAAAGGGGACCUAGGACAAUUGGAUCCUGACCAGGACAAAGACGGAGUAUCUGACCUAGGAAAACCAAAUCCUGACCAGGACAAAGACGGAGUAUCUGACCUAAAACGACCAGGUCCUGACCAGGACAAAGACGGAGUAUCUGACCUAGGAAAACCAAAUCCUGACCAGGACAAAGACGGAGUAUCUGACCUAAAACGACCAGGUCCUGACCAGGACAAAGACGGAGUAUCUGACCUAAAACGACCAAGUCCUGACCAGGACAAAGACGGAGUAUCUGACCGAGGACGACCAGGUCCUGACCAGGACAAAGACGGAGUAUCUGACCGAGGACGACCAGAUCUUGACCAGGACAAAGAUGACCUAGGACAAUUCGAUCCUAACCAGGACAAAGACGGAGUACCUGACCUAGGAGGUCCAGGUCCUGACCAGAAGGGAGGUGCUGGUCAGCGAAAGGUGUCUGGUUGUGAAAGAACCAACACAAAAGUCAGCAGUCCUGACAGUUCAGAUGGACCCAAGCAAGCCAGCAAUAAAGAUGACCACGGAGUCCCCGUGGAGAGUCCGUCCAGUCCCAUAUCUGAAAACAUUAAACCGACGUCUCACCAGCCAGUGAUCCUCACAGAACAUUCAAAUGAACAUUCGGAUGAUCUACACGAAUGUGACAGCAGCAGUAGGACACGGUCUGGAGAUGGAGAGGAAUCAAGCAAAACCGAACAAGACAGUCGUUCUACACCUGAUUAUCUUCAGACCGGACAGGACGUGAAAAGAACCGGCGACCCCCCCUUGACAAACACAGCGACCGACAACAGUCCAGACGGUCAAAGGGGUCCAGUCGAUGGACACCUUGACACAGAGAUGGGAAACGCCCACCAAAACACAUCGGAUCCGGUCCAAAUCCAACACGACACGACGGGUCCAGAAGCCUCGCAGCCCAAUCACCAGAUAGGAAUGUUGUGUUCUGAACCAAGUCGAUCCAGAUCCAUUGACCUGUUUUACGCAGACUCGGGUCGAGGUUCUCCCACGGAGGACGUGGUGGCCGACCUGGAACCCAUGGACUUAUUCUACCCCGACAAGGAGGAGCCCGUCUUCACGGAGCCUCCCGACGCCGACACGCAGAGGUGGCCGUCGGUUCUGAGCGUCUCUGCUCUGGAGCCAGCGCCCGUCUACGAACACAGCGCCGAAGUCCAGGAUCUGGACCAGCGAGAGGUCGAUGUGACGACCGCUGCAGGUCUGGUGGAGGAACUGGACCGGGUGAUCGUCGGUCCGACCAAUCAGGAGCCUGGAGACGCCCCUGCAUCCGAGGAGCAGUGUGUGAUGUGCGGGGUUCCCAUCGGGGAGACGGUUGGGGAAACAGUCAGGGGAGUCCAGGGGGCCGAGAGUCCGGCAGACGCCGGAGAGGUCCGGGACUCCAUCAGCCACACAGGAAGUUCCAGCCGACCCGGUGAGACGGAGAUCGCUCCGGUUCUCCGGCACAGGAAGAGGAAGUUCACCGAACAGCCCACGGACGGAGACAGAACCGCAUCCCGAUCCGCCAGGCAGGAAGACUCUGAGCUCUGGUUCUGGCUGCUGCUGCUUCUCUGGUUGCUGCUCUACUCCGUGUGGCUGCUGCCACAGACGGACCUGAAGAUCCUGAAGAUCCUGCCGGACCUGCUGCUGAACCGGGACUGAAAACACACACACACACACACACACACACAUACACACACACACACACACCUGCUGCUGAACCCGGACCGCUGAAUACACACACACAUACAUAUACACACACAUACACAGAUAUAUACACACACAGACACACACACACACACACACACACACACACACACACACACACACACACACACACACACACACACACACACACACACACACACACACACAGACCAA